CUCUUCACAGACGGGAUCACGAAUAAACUCAUUGGCUGCUACGUGGGGGACGCCAUGGAGGACGUGGUUCUGGUGAGGAUUUACGGCAAUAAGACGGAGCUGCUCGUGGACCGAGACGAGGAAGUGAAGAGCUUCCGCGUGCUGCAGGCUCACGGCUGUGCGCCGCAGCUCUACUGCACCUUCAACAACGGGCUGUGCUACGAGUUCAUUCAGGGCGAAGCCUUGGACCCGCAGCACGUCUGCAAGCCGGCCAUUUUCAG